CUCUGAGAGGAAGGCGCAGAAAGGAUGCUUUUCCUCUGCUGUGGGUCGAAUCGCAUGUGGCAUUUUCCCCCCUGGCUGCCGUCAAAGCCAUUUUCACCCUUGCGCUUCCUUUCCUAGUGUGGGAUUUUGCAGUCUCUGGACUCGGCUCGACCCCCUAGGUGCUUAUUGGUUGUGGGCGAUGAGGGCGACGGCCGGACGUCAGGGUCCUCUGUCCAUUGCAGCCCCUCUGGGACGAGAGACAUCUGUGGAGUUUAAGAACAUGGAGUUCAUCAGAGUAUAUCACUGAAGAAUAUGAUGGCUGAAAACAAUUUAAAAAUGCUAAAGAUUCAACAGUGUGUAGUAGCCAACAAACUACCUAGAAACAGGCCAUAUAUUUGCAAUAUUUGCUUCAAGCACUUUGAAACACCAUCAAAAUUAGCUAGGCAUUAUCUCAUUCAUACCGGUCAAAAGCCAUUUGAAUGUGAUGUAUGUCAUAAAACCUUUAGGCAACUGGUUCAUCUGGAGAGACAUCAGCUAACUCAUAAUCUGCCUUUUAAAUGUAGCAUUUGUCAACGCCACUUUAAAAAUCUGAAGACGUUUGUGAAGCACCAACAACUUCACAAUGAAACCUACCAGAAUGAUGUUAAACAGGUCAGAAGACUGUUGGAGGCCAAGCAAGAAAAGCCAGUAUAUGGGAUGUAUCAUACUUUUACCACAGAGGAAAGAUGGGCAUUACAUCCAUGCUCUAAGUCUGAUCCUACAUACAGCCCUACAAAGAAAAGAAAGAAUAUUCACGCAUGUACAAUCUGUGGCAAGAUGUUUCCAUCACAAUCAAAACUUGAUAGGCAUGCACUUAUUCAUACUGGUCAGAGGCCUUUUAAGUGUGUCUUGUGCAGUAAAUCCUUCCGACAGUCAACUCAUUUAAAAAUUCAUCAGCUCACACAUUCAGAAGAAAGACCUUUUCAAUGUUGUUUUUGUCAAAAAGGAUUUAAGAUUCAAAGCAAACUUCUGAAGCAUAAACAAAUCCAUACCAGGAAUAAGACCUUUCAGACUCUUUCAUUGAAGAUAAAGAGUCCAGAAUCAUGCCCCCUGCCUAAUAAGUUAAAUGCAAAGCAGGAUGGUUUUGAAAAUGGUGAUACAGGUGAAUCUGAGGAGAAUAAUCAACUUGAUGUCCACUCUAUUUAUAUCGUCCCUUUUCAGUGUCCAGAGUGUGAAGAGUGUUUUGAAUCAGAGCAGAUUCUCAAUGGACAUAAGUGUUUUCCUGCCAGAGGUGGCAAAAUUCCAAGCAGGCUCAAAAGAAGCUACAACUAUAAAACCAUUGUGAAAAAAAUCUUGGCUAAACUUAAACGUGCUGGGGGUAAGAAAUUAGAUAAUUUUCGAUCUGAGAAAAAAGUAUUUAAAAACAAUUUCUUGAAAAAUUGUGAUCUUAUUUCUGGUGAGCAGAGCCCUGAACAAGCCCAGAGAACAUUUAUAGGUUCCCUUGGCAAACAUGGAACAUAUAAGACAGUUGGCAAUAAAAAGAAGAAAACGUUGACUUUGCCAUUUUCUUGGCAAAAGCACUUCCAGAGCCAAAGUAUGGGUAAAAACUUGAAAGGUAUCCUUACAACAGAAAACAUGUUAACUACAGAUAAUUCAGUGAAUAAUAAAGAUGUAUCUAUCUAUGGUUCAUCAGGUGAGGAAUUCUUUGAUAACUGUGAAGUGCUUCAGUGUGGUUUUUCAGUUCCAAGUGAAAACAUCCAUACUGGACAUAAGAUGUGUCCUUGUGACAAAUGUGAGAAAGUGUUUCCUUCUAUUUCCAAACUACAAAGACACUAUUUAAUUCAUACUGGACAGAGGCCAUUUGGCUGUAAUGUUUGUGGGAAAUCUUUUAGACAGUCAGCUCACUUAAAAAGACACAAGUUAACUCAUAUUGAUAAGAUACCUUAUAGAAGAUCUCUUUGCCAAGAAUUUGAAAAUUUGAACCAACUUCUCAUUCAUCCAGGUGAUAAUGUUAACUAUAAUGCUUCCCAACAAUGUCAAACUCUUGGUUUCCAAAAAUAUGAGGUCUCAGAGUCAGAUAAAAUAUCAGAUAUAAAAGUUAAGGCAGAAUCAGAGGAUUUCAUUCUCAGUACCCCCUAUAGGAACAGGCAGCCUUAUCUUUCUAGCGCACUUCUGCAAUCAGAGCAGAGCCAACACAGUCAUUGUUGUGGUUAUUCAGGGCGUGCAGAGAGGAAUGAUGGCCUUCUUUACCAAUGCAGCGUUUGUUCCAAAAGUUUUAGAUCUCCAUCUAAACUGGAAAGACACUAUCUAAUUCAUGCAGGGCAGAAGCCAUUUGAAUGCUCAGUUUGUGGCAAAACAUUCAGGCAGGCUCCUCACUGGAAGAGACAUCAACUUACUCACUUUAAGGAAUGACCAACCACAAGAUAAAGUGGUUCUCAAAUUCAAUUAUGUAACUGACAGAACCAGUAACACAUUUGUGGUCUCUCUGGUGAUCUUGUUCUUAAAGCCUGUAUCAUUUAAAAUGUAUUUUUAUUAAAAGGCCUUCCUUAGGUUGAGUGAUUUCAUAGGCAGUUGCUUGUCCUACAAGUAAGAGCCAAGAUACAUAGAAAAUUAAUACAAUGUUUUAGGAACAGCCAAAUUAAUUUUUAGGGGGAAGAACAUGGUUUGAUGCCAUACAGUAAGCAUUUAUUUUAUUUUAAUAAAUAUUUUGGCUGUAUUGAAAAUGUAAAUCCAUGAUGCGGUACAAUAACUCAGUUCAUUAUUUUUUAAAGGAAUUCUUAAUGUAUGCCAUCUUCUUUUAGAUACACUCAAAAGACAGAGGUAAAAAUUGGGUUUUGGCUGCAGCAAAUAGCCCCACUACAUUUUAUUUAUUUUGUUUCACAUGAAAGCAUAAUUUUGUCCACCUGUGGCUCAAAUUCCAUUGCAAAAUUUUUUCUUGUAAGUUUAAAAACUGAAGGCAGUAAAAGUGAAAAUGGAUAAGAAAAUCACAGCAUUAUUUUCAUUGGUCUUUUGCAAGCUAUUUAUUCUUAGGACUCUGGUAGCUUCACCUCCUUUUCCACAGGGGAUUAGAGUUGGUUUUUUACCCAGCCUGUUGUUGUCUUUCCCAAAAGAUCUGAAAGUAGGAGAGAGACUAGGAUGCACCUGUAUACAUUUAUCAUGUUUACUUAUCAGGAAUAUCGUCCAAGUGCCAUAAUCUUUUUGAUGAUAUGUAUGCAGUAUUAUCUUUUCAGAGGAAUAAAUGAAAUUCAUCUAUUUACUACAUGAUUGACAACAGUAGUUGUAUAGACUUAAGACUCACCUAUAGAUCUGCAUCUCCACAAGACUUCUAUUUUACUUCAGUAAAACUGUUUUAAUGCCUCUUGAAUUGAGUGGUCCUGUGACUUAACUAAAUCUAUCUGUUAAGUUUGAUCAAAUAGCAAUGACUAGGUCUAGUUCUAGUUUUGAAUUGUUUCUUGCAAGACUCUAAUGCUAAAGAAUAUUAUUUUGAUCCUUAGCAAAUUGUUUUGAUUAGUAAGGUAAUUAUUCCCAUUUAGGAAUAAAGUGUUUAUGGAAUUGAGGAUAUCAUUCUUCUCAACAGCACUGUCAUGAUAGGGAAAUAUUGGGAAUCUUAAGCUAUAAAAGACAUAAUCACAAAUUGUCCUUUGUAUUUGCCAUUUUUUAAUAAAAUCUUUAAGAAUGACAUUUAUUAGUAAUAAAAUAACCAUUAUCUUUUAAGAGAAGAACAGGUCGGUGUUUGUCUUAGCACACUUAAAUAUAGUGACAAGCCCUCUGUUGAGACUGAAUAAUGAACAUUCUUUGCAUUGUAAGUUCUUUGUCAUAACUCUUAAGAAAUUGUCUUUGUAUAGGAGGACGGGGGAGGAGAGGUUGGUAUCUUCUUUUUCAAGUGCAUUUUGAGAAACUUGGGUUUAAUAUACAGAGAUAAAACGUGACAGUACAGAUAAAAUGCCCAAUGAUGUAUAAAUGUGCAGGAGAAUCAUGUUUUAAAGAAUAAUUUCUCUUAGGUUUCCUCCAGAUAGGUUCCUCCAAUGCAAGAAAAAUGAGGGUUUAUAGAAUUUGCCUUACACAAAACUUCAAGAACAUACCUAUUACAUAAAAGCAAGGAAUAAUUAGCUCAUAUUUUCCAAGAAUAUAGGAUCGAGGAUUUUUUGUUUGAAAUUGUGUAUUUGGGGAUUUUCCAAAGCUAUUUACGUAAUUUUAUUUGAAGCAAAUGUCUCAUUUAGUCCUUUCCCAACCCAAAUAGGGAAAGUCCUAACAGUGUUGUGCUUGUAUGAUUAUUAGACUUUAUUUGCUUAAGUGAUAUUACUAUACUUUUUUUUUUUUUUGGCCCAUGCCUUUUUAAUAAAAGCUGUUUCAUAUUGAAAGUGGGAAUAAUUGUAAAAAUUUUGUCAAAGAUGUACUGUAGUGCUAUUUGAAGUACCUGUAACAAAAUCCUUAUUUACCUUUAUCACUGCAAGCUUCUUGUGGAAACUUUAUAGGAAUGAAAAUAAACUGUAUACAUCCAUGAUAAGAAAAUUAAACAUUAGAUGUUACAUGAUGAUUUGCUGCAUGCUAGAACUGUUAGUAUUGUUGAAUCAAUUACUUUGGUUUUCUGAAAAAAUAAUCUUUAUAAAUGUCUUUAAAGAGAUUUAUUAAAAUUUUUUGUUUGGGUGAUUCCAGGCUGUAGCAUGAUUACUUACUGAAGUAGUUUCAUUGGCUGAGUUAGUGGAUUUAUUGUUUCUUGUUUUGUACUGCGGUAGGGACAACAAUUUUAGGAUAAAAUGUGUGUGUGUUGAAGGAAAGUGGAUGGUGGUUAAGAGUCUUGAAGAAUUUAAAUUUCAGAAUAUUUUAAAAAUAAACUUUCAAAUUACA